AUGAAUUCCACCCUACCCCCCUUCAUCCCCUAUUCGCACCUCAGCCCUUCCUACGCACUCCCGCACGACCGAUCCAAUCUCACCCCGUCUGGACAACAUGCGUAUGCGCUGGGGCAGGCCGGACCGGGUCCGUCGAGCCGGGGCAGCGCCUCGAGCCAGAUGAUCUCAGGCCAGGAUGGGUACUUCUCGCAAGCUUUGAGAGAGAACUCCAUCUCGCCUGUUGACGGCAUAAAUCCCCUCUCCCUCCCCAUCGAUCCCUCCUCCGACUUCUACAAUCGGUACAUCAACAGCCCCGCCUCCCCCAUCUCUCCCGACUCGCACGGAACUAUGGCCUCCUCCUCCACCCUCCCAUAUCCCACACAGCAGCAACAACAACAGCAAAACUACCUCUACUCCAUCUCCGGCUCACAUACCAACGGGAACGCCAGUCAAGGCCAUGAGUACGCUAUGCGGCCAAAUACAGGCAUGCGGUUUCCGUCUGGGAGUAAUGGCGGGAUGUACGACCAGCCACAGGGGUCUAUACAUCCGGGGCAUGUCAACCAGCGCUCCGGCUCGCGGGAUAGCGGAGCGGGUAUGGCAUAUAGCCACGAUGGGCGGAGUGUACACGGGGGCGUACAGGAUCUGGCGGUCUUGCGGCUGGAUGCUCAUGAUGUAGAGGGGGAUGGGCAGGAAAGCGGAAGUGGCGAUGAGGCCGAGGAAGAGGGAGAGGGAGGGGAUGAAGGUGAAGGCGAGGAAGGAGAUGAGCUAGCGGGAGGUGGCGAAGAAGAGUACGCAGAUGAGGAAAGGGACGAGCUGGAUGAAGGCGGAGAGGUGGAUAAUGAAGAACCGCUCUACGUGAACGCCAAGCAGUAUCAUCGGAUAUUGAAGCGGAGGUUGGCGAGGGCGAGAUUGGAGGAGCUGAAUAGGUUGAGUCGGUCAAGAAAGCCGUACUUGCACGAAUCUCGUCAUCGGCAUGCCUGUUCCCGGCCCCGAGGGAAGGGCGGCCGGUUCCUCACUGCCGAGGAGAUCGAGCAACUCAAGCUGGAUCAGGCCUCAGCGGCGGCGGCGCUGAUCGCCGAUGGUCAAGAAGGACCGUUGGAGGAUUGA